UCCGUUCACUCGACGGUUCAGGUCAGAACAAGACCGACAGUCCGCGGAUUUUAUUUCAGCGUUAUCUGUCAAACGAUACUUCCAACAUGAGGAAGUGAAGAAAUUUUUGAAGAUGGUUUACCUGAAGCUGUUUCAUCUUUGAACAUCAUGAUGCACACCAGAAGGACGUUGUCUCUUUUAAGAGGCUGGUCGGGUGUUUGCAGGUGUCAAACUGGAAACCAGUCAUCCAGGACCAUUUCCAGCUUGUUCAUGGACUCUGACAGCAGCAGUGCAGGGCUGAUCCUACAAUCCCAGUCCACUGAUGUGUACCAGAACCUGGCUCUGGAGGACUGGAUUGACGCCAAUGUGGACCUGCAGCAGCACAGCAUCAUGCUGCUGUGGAGGAACCGGCCGGCUGUGGUCAUUGGACGCCACCAGAACCCCUGGACUGAGUGCAACCUGUCGGCCAUGAGGAAGGCGGGGAUCUCUCUGGCUCGCAGGCGAAGCGGCGGCGGGACGGUCUUCCACGACCUUGGAAACCUCAACCUGACCUUCUUCACCUCCAAGAAGGCGUACGACCGGCAGAGGAACCUGAAGGUCGUCACUGACGCUCUGAGGCGGGUUCGACCAGGACUGGACGUUCAGGCCACAGACAGAUUUGACAUUUUACUCAAUGGACACUACAAGAUCUCAGGCACUGCGUCCAGACUGAGCAGGAAGUCGUCCUACCAUCACUGUACCCUGCUUCACUCUGCUGACCGCUCCGCCCUCUCAGCCGUCCUCAGCCCUUCCUGCCCUGGUAUCCAUAGCAAUGCCACACCCAGCGUCCCCUCACCUGUCGCCAACCUGCUGGACCACGCCCCCACGCUGCGGUGGGAGGAGCUUUUCGACGGACUGGUGCACCAGUACAAUGCAGAGUUCGGCUUCAGCUCUGCGUUGACGCUCGUUAACCCCACUGACGAGUGUACGUUUCCUGGCCUCAGCAGGAUGGCAACAGAGCUGCACAGCUGGGACUGGACAUUCGGUAAGACGCCUAAAUUCAGUGUCCAGACCCUCCUGGACCUGACGGACGGGCGAUCGUCUGCUCGCAGCUCAGCUCAGCUGCAUAUGGAGGUAAAGAACGGGCUGAUCGAGAGCUGUGAGCUGGACGUUCCUGCAGACUGGCUUCCUCUGCGGCUGAGCGGUGAGCUGGUGAACACGCUGGUCGGUGAAAGGUUCUGUCCGUAUGCAGCAGCUGUGGCUGUUGCUGCGCUGCUGCGAUCUGAGAGCAGCGAGCUGCAGAGCAGACUGCACAACCUGUGUGACACUGUGCUGUCUGUGAUGGGCUGAAAUAAAAUGGAUGGACGGAAACAACACGAGCUGUCGGGUGUUUGUGUGGAGUCGACCGUUUGUUGAUCAACAGAAAUCUGAUCCAUUUGCAGUGCUGCUAGCGCCCUCGAGAGGCUGCUGUGUUCAUUACAGCUACAGUAUGAAAGUCAAUGUCAUUCAAAAAGUCUGAUGGUGAAUCUAAAGGGUCCAGAUGUAAACAGACGCCACAGCACUGAUGUUCGAAGUAAAAUCAGAAGCUGCUCUCACUCCCAAACUGAUUGACCCUCUGACAACUCUAAAUAACAUGAAAAUCUAAUUUAUCAUUGUUUCUGUUUACAUCAAUAAUGCUUGUAAAAAUCCAUUGUUUCUGGAUUUUAUUUUCCACAAGUAAUCUACAAGUUUAUUUUGAUACAAAACAAAAAAGCUGAAUAAUAAAAGCUGAUAAUAAAAACAUGAAUACAUUUGCAGCAUAUAUACUUUGGAUUUAAAGUGUUUAUGCUGGUUUUAUUUUUUUUCAUGCAGAUGUAGGACAGUAUGAACCUGCUGCGUCUUGAUCAGCCUGUUUGAUGCAUAAUCUACAGUAUAUGUGCAUUUCAUCUCUCUUCACUUGCAAAGUUAAGAACAUAAAAUCCAAGCAAAUGUACAGUAAUAAAACAAGAAAGGGGUUUAUUAUUAAAGACUUUUUGCAUUAAUUAAUAGGACGUUUGGUCAAAAUCACAAAAAACUGAUUCCUUUUUCUUUCAAUUGCUGCCAGAUAUUUUCUUAUUUAAGUGGAAAAACGUGGAAAAUUCUGAAAGUUUCCAAAUCUGUCCGUAAACCUCUGCCCUUUCAAAAUAAAAGUACAACGACAUUACUGAAGCUGUUGAGUAAAAUUAAAUAAAUGAAUAAAAUAAAAUGAAUAAAUACAUUUGCCGGUUAAAAGCGAGACUCAACCUCAGACAGCUCAAGUCGCAGGGCGCAUGCGCCAUGAAGACGAGAGAAAAUUGAAGAGGUAUCACUCUGCUGUUAUGUCCUGGAACCAAAGGCUGAUCUAACUCACCGUCAUCAUUUCCAUGGUCAUACAAUCAAUAUGGCCAAUAAAACAUAUAUUUAUU